UACUGCCUAUGUUCUUCUUCCUUCCAUAACAAGGAGCUCCUAUCCAUCCAUCCACACCAGCGACUCAAACUCAAUCUCCGACGCCCGGAAGGAACCUUGAUGAGCGCCCUCGGCUCGACGGAGAUGCGCGCUUGCCAACUCCCGGCGGCGGUGGAGUUUGAGCUGGCGCAGCUCGAGGGGAGGCACGACGAGCAAGCCGACCCUCUGGCGCAGCGCCGGCUCGCGGAGCUCGGCGAGGCGGCGGCCGUGCGGGUGCUGCAGAGGAUCGGGAAGUCCGGGAAGCCGGUGCAGAACCUGUCCGCCUAUAUCCUGUGGAUGGUGAAGCACGACUCCGAGGAGCGCGCCACCGGCGGCAGCUCCGUCCAGUCACAGCGAGGAGGUGAUGCUGUAUUAGGGACAGUGAAUCAUCACAUUCACAUUUCCUUGGAUCUCCCAACCCAUGCCACGAUCGAUGCCAGGAGCCCUGCCCCGCAUUACAGUUUGCAGCUGCCGGGAAGCCCUGGCCAUGGCCCUGUGUCUGGGUGGCAGCAUCAGGUGGGGAUCGAGAGCCCGGCCCGGAAUGCCAUUGCUUCGCCUACAAGAAGGGCAUCCACCCCAAGCCCUGUGGGGAAGAUCAUAAAGUCUCUGCAUCAGUUGGGACUGGGAGGCCCGUCGAGACCUGUAGGGGCUGAACUCGAAACACCACCGACACUGGUGCGCAUGAUGCCAGAAGACGCUCGUGGCAAUGCAAACACAUCACAGGCAACAGCGAACCUGCAGAUGACCAUGAUGGCGCUUGGGGAGCUAGAGCUCGACAACGUUUUCUUGAUAUAUGUGUACCUUGGCCGGUAA